AUGGCAAGGCCAAAGAGCAUUCGGGGUCCUUUUGAGUACACUGGACAUGGAGAUCUUCCCCAAGACCCUUCAGGCCAGUGGUACUUUAUCUGCUUAGGUGUCAGAAAAACAAAGGAGGGCCGCUUCAUUAUGGGUCGCGAAACCGUCAUCACUACGGCCCAAUGGCCUGAAGGAGAAUCCCCUACCAUUGACUUUGCCAAACUAGAUGUGCCCAUCAAGGGCGGUAAACAGCCUGCACCGGCUUGGCCUUUGAAGCCCAGUGGCUCAUCUCUGGCUCCUGAGGUUGGCCUCAUGCACAUCCGGAGCCCCGUCGAAGAGAAUUACAAAUACGAUGGCUCAAAGAUUACGCUAAUCACUGGCAAGGCCCCAUUGAGUCAGGCUGGCGAGCCGGUGUCGUUUGUUGGAAAACGUCAGAGGCUUUUGGAUGGUACUGCCUCAGUGACCCUCAACGUCCCGGAUACGUCAGCACUUGAGAAGACCCUAGAAGCUGGUCUCUGUUAUUACGAGGACGAGCUACAAUUUACCCGCAUCUUUUAG